GUUUACGGCAGGAGGGAGACUAGGAGUACGACGUGGGAGGUUCCGCUUUACGGCGGCGCGCCCGAGGAUCGUGGGGAAUCGCGCGAGCGUCGGGCUGGUGUCGCUUUACGGCGGCGCGGCGCCACUCAGGCCGCAAUCGCCUCCCCGCGACAGGGGGCGGCCGAGCUUGGCGCGCGAAGGGGGCAGUCGCGGCGGCGGCCGCGCUUUGCGGUAGAGGCGGCAGCGCGACAGAGGAGCCGUCUGGCUUUACGGCAGUAGCGGGAUGAGCCUUUACGAGCUGUUCCGCGGGUUCUUCGGCUUCCCGCGGGGCCGCAGGCCCCGAGACCCUUUCUUCGGGGGCAUCACCCGGGAUGAGGAUGAGGAGGACGAAUAUGAUGAAGACGGGGGCCCCUCAUUUGGGGUGCGCCCCACCGAGGACUUUGGGUUCAGCUUCAGCGGGAUGCGCUUCCACGACAACUUCGGCUUUGACGAGCUUUUCCGUGACUUUAACGAGCUCUUCAACGAGAUGGGGGCCUGGACUCUGCCCUGCCAGCCUUUCGAGCUUCCUGCCACUGAGGCUGCCCCACCUGCCUCGGGCCACCUGAGUGAGGAGCAGAAACGGCAGGCGCUGCGGGACUCGAUGCUCAAAUAUCCGGACAGUCAGCAGCCCAGGAUCUCUGAAGAGGGCACAGUCCCUGGGAGGGACUUGGGGGAUGGUGCGGGCCUGGCGGCCCCAGGCAUGAGGCCUUGGCAGCCGUUUGCUGGGCUGGGAGAGAUGCAUCCGGCUCCCCCGAGUGCCAGAGAGGACAAAGAUCUGGAUUCCCGAGUGUCCUCGGAGGGGCUGGACACGGUCCUGAGACCAGGCGAGCCAAAGGCCCACUCUUAUUUCCAGAGCGUGUCCGUCACCACGGUGACGGGGCCCGAUGGGACCGUGGAGGAGCGUCGGACAGUGCAGGACAGCCAGGGGCGCAGAAAGACCGUCGUCACCCGCCGCAGGGGAGACCAGACCCUUGUCACCACCAUCCCGGAGGGCGGGCAGGGCAAGGACCCUCGGGAGGAGGACACCAUCCCGGAUGAUGGCAUGUCUGAACCCCAGCAGCGAAACCCGAGGCUACGCCAGGCCCUGGUACCCUGUGCUGGACGGGCUGCCUGCUUUCCAGGGGGAUCACUGAGCUGCAGUCCCCUCCUGCCCCUGCGGGGGGUGCCAUGUACAUGCAGAGGAAUAAAGUCCAUUUAUGCCACAGGCUUGAUGUGAGCUGUUUGGCAGCGCCUGGUGCCCACCAGUGCAGGGCAGAGCCCCUGUGCCACUCACUCUGGGGGAGCUAGAGUAGAGAGGGAACCAGUCCUGGGUGCUGGAAGGGUUGGCACCUCCCCUCUCAUUUGCAGCCACUGGCAGGAGUGAGGUGGGGUUGGUGGCCUGCCCUGGGCACAGGGCUGGCACCUGCCAAUGGGAAGUGAUGGGCAUGCACCAGCUCUGAGGGCUGUGUGGCUCUGGGAGAAUGGAGACCCCUUAGCCGGGUGCUCAAGGCAGCAGCCGCUGGCACUGAGCCUGGGGCGAGGGCACGGCGCUAGGUGUGGGGAGCGGGGCUGCUCAGGGACAGAGCUCAAGCUUCCCCCAGUUGCUGGACCAUCCCCUGAGGGGUGGAGAACCCUCGGCCCAGAGGCGGACACCCCUGUGGCAAACGGCUCAGGGGCAUUGCUGGCAGCAGGGCCUGCCCACCCUGGCUCUGUGCCUUCCUGCCUGCACUGCUCCUACCUAAGCCGGCUAAUUACACACACCCUGGCUCUGCUAACACCUCCCCUGGGCCCUUCUCAAGUGCUGGGACUGGGGCUGUUCCAAGGCCAGUUUAAUUAGCGCUCCUGAAAUGCCAGAGCCGCCUGCCUGGCACGUUGCAGUCAGGGCAGUGACAAGCUGCGGGGGGAGCAGGUCAGGACUGAAGAGCACCAGCAGUGUGGUGGGAGCCUACACAGGGCUCAGCAAGACCCGUACGGACUGAUCAGGGGUAUAACGAGACGUCGGGCACUCUGACCCAUUUGGGGGUCAUCAAACCCCUGGCUGCUGUAGGGAGGAGGUUGCUGUCCCUGCCCCAGGAUCGUAGUGGGGCUUAUCUGUGUAUGUGUCUGCGACGAAAUGGGACUGUUCUUACAGUUUCCUCUGAAUACUGUAGGGGUGCCUCAGUUUCCCCUAGGCAAUUCUUAAGUCUCUAGGGGGUGGGAUAAGGGGGUGUAAUUGUUGCAGAGCAAAGGGCCAGGGUACAUAAAUGGCCGACAUUCUGUCUCCUGGCAAGUGAUGGCCUGGGCCCUACCCCCCUGUAAGGUGAGAGCUAAAGGGUUGAGAACAAAGGAAUCCGGUGACCUCCUGGCCCGGGAAAGGGACAAAGUCCAGAGGAGGAGGGGCUGGAGAAAGUUUCAGUUUGGGGCUGGCUGGGACAUGGAGUGAAGGGCAGACGGGGU